AUGUCCGCGAUAUCGAUCAAGAAGGGCCCUAUCUCUUUAUCGGGCCUGCUCUUCAAACCCUCCGAUCCAACAGCAAAGAAAAAGUCCGGACUGGUGAUUGUUCAUCCAGGCGGUGGGGUCAAGGAACAAACGGCUCAACUCUACGCUCAGAAACUGGCGAACGCUGGCUUCACCACAAUUGCGUAUGAUGCAUCCUACCAGGGUGCCAGCGGAGGCGAACCUCACUUCCUCGAGGACCCAAAUGAGCGUGUGAGUGAUGUCUACGCCGUUGUCGACUAUCUUCAGAAUCUCGAUACUGUUGACCCGGAGAAGAUUGGUGUCCUGGGUAUCUGUGCUGGAGGUGGUUACGCAGCAGCUGCUGCAAAGGCAGACCAUCGAUUGAAAGCAUUAGCAACCAUUAGCAUGGUUAACAUUGGAGACUCCGCUCGCAAGGGCUGGGAUGGAGACGAGGAUCCUUCUAAGCAGGUCGAAUCGCUUCGUGGAGCUGCAGCUCAGAUUACCGCUGAGGUUAAGGGUGCCGAACGCGUUGCUGCACCUUAUGUCCCUCCUCAACCCAAUGACACGACCCCGAGGGACAUGAAGGAGGCCAGUGACUAUUACCUAACCCCGCGUGCACAGCAUCCCCGAGCCGAGAAUAAAAUGUUGUUCCUUAGCUUCCCCAGGGUUCUCACAUUCGAUGCUUUCCAUUUGGCUGAUGUAUUCCUUAAGCAGCCUUCCCUUUUCAUCGCCGGUGAAAAGGCAGGCUCGCUUUGGCACACAGAACGAUUGGAUAAGCUGGUUGGUGGCGCCACGAAGAAAAUCAUUGUCCCCAACGGAGCACAUAUGGACUUUUACGACAAUGAGGCUUAUGUCGGACCAGCUGCGAAGAAUGUUGCUGACUUUAUGAGCCAACAUCUCGCCUAG